ACAAAAAAUGUCUGAACGACGGAAGUCCCCUCCCCCUCCUCCGCCGGGCAAGAGGCACCCCAAACCACCACCACCGAAGAAGACAGCCAAGGCCAGGUUCGUCGCGGAGACGGCUGGUGCUCAACUGAGAACCCUCGAGGCUGCUGCUGCCCCUCAACCAGCGAAGCAUGCUCAGCGGCCUCAGCCUCCAGCACGGAGGGUACAAAGGUAGUCAAAACGCACCAUCGCGCCUUGCAGAGCAAUUGCUUUUUCUGAUGAAUGCCACUCAGGCCGAGUGCGAGAGAGUCGCAGCCCGUUAGUGCGGCAGCAGUUCAGCAGUUCUAUGAGCACAUCCUCCGUCUGGCGGCGGCAGGCUGGCUGGGAGGAUCCAGCAGCCAGACUGUGAGGGUAUCCAGCGUCAAGGAGCUGUGCAGAGAGAGCGACAAGACCGCUCAUGAGGAGCUGGCGAAGCGUCGCAGAGGGCCUGUCGCCUACGCCUGCGUUUCUCUUGGCGGAGAUGGCACAAACGAGGGGAGAGCGGAUCUGGAAGGGACACCAUCAACAUCUGAGUUGGUCGGCUGUGAGUGGGCAAUGCUGCCCCUCAAGUGCUCAUGGAUGGCUGAUGCCAUGCGCAACGGUCGGUACACACUGCAGCUCAGCGGCAAGGAGUCAAGGAAAUGUGCUGCAUUGAUGGCCUUCUCUUCAUCUCAGGCGAAAAGCUGCGAGUCCUCGUGGGAAGAUUGGCUCUCGGCCGAUACCUGUCACACACGCCAUCACAAACCUUGCCGGAUGCCGUGCCUUACGGAUACUCGAGCGUUGUUCGGGGCCUGCCGUCUCGCCCGCCACAGGCACAGGCCGGCAGUGAUGAGUGGGCUGCAGCCACCGUGCGAGUGAGUGACGCUGAGCAGAUUCUCCCUGUGGUACGGGUAGAGGCCGAGGCGGCGCCAAAGAAAGAGAGAGAGCCGGACGAGGUGAGCGGAGAUAGAUACGCAAGCGAAUCGAGUCUUCUUUCCUGCAUCGGCCUGCCUGCCUGUCUGCCUGGAUUGUGUCAGCUGCUGUGUGACGAGUGCGAGAGGGAGAUUGCCACCGUCUACUGCCCUGCCGACAGAGCACACCUAUGUCGUUCGUGUGAUGUGGCGGUGCAUGAGGGGCCGUCAGCCAACCCGCUGAUGAGGAAGCACAGGAGAUACCCUGUCUCUGAGGUGCACUCAUACACAGUCGAUGAGACAGACAGACAGACAAGUAGGCAGGCAGGCAGGCAGACAGGCCAUAUCAAAUGUCGAUUGGUGUGGGUGUUGUGUGCGAGUUUUUCAUUCAGUCUCCGCGUCAGUUUGGCCGGUGUCCGCAGCAUCCGUCAGAAUAUCUAGAGUGGGUGUGCCUUAAAGUGAGUGACGGCGGAUGGGCCGAUGGCUGGGUGAGCGGAUGCACCCAUGCUCUGUGUGGCUGUUGCUGCUACCUCGAGCAGUGCUGGGUUGCCUUUUGUCCGCUAUGCCUUCUCUUCGGGAGUCAUUCAGACGUCGCAAGUGACCGUGAGACAGACAACAGUCGAUCAGACCAUCAGCUGGCAUCCACGUUGUCUGCGCCUGUGCGUCAUGCAGCCGAGUUCAAGAUGCAGCACCCCCUCAUAUCGACGCAGGAGGCAUACAGAGCCGCUCUCAAGAGGCAGUCACCUGUGAGUGUGCAUCGCAACACCUCAGCAGCUGGUGGUCCAUCUGUGUGUCUUGUGUUUCCCUCCAGAGUGAGAAGAAGCUGGCUGAGCGUCGCAGCGCUCUCCUGCGCGACCUCGACAGAAGAAAAACGUCAGCAAUUCGACACACUUCCCGACCUCGGCUGAGAGUCGUGUCUCUCUCCGUUUCUGCAGCGAGUUGUAUGACGUGCACGCCAACCUGGACUUGUUGCACACGCGGCUCAGCCGAGCACUCAAGUAUGCCAGACGAUGAAGAAGACAGCUAGAUGGACACAUGUGUAGUCAUGACAUGUGUGCAUCUGUGCGUGGCUGGCUGCAGGCAUCUGCUCGACCACAUCCAGAAGUUCAAGAGAUGCAAGGUACACACGCGAGGGAGGGGGAGAGGGAGACAGGAAGAAAGAGACGAGACAGCACAGCCCUUUUGCACCGUGUUGUGUGUCAGUUGGCGUUUCUGGAGUCGAUGAAGAGGCAGGUGCUCGCAGAGCUGCUCAUGAUGGAAUGGAUUGAGGUGAGGAGAAUGAAGACACGAGCUCAAACACGCACGCACGCACGAACGAGUGUGAUUCGAUGCUCUGUGUGUAGGACUUCUCCCGACACGCGCGACUAGCUCUGCCCCCCGACACAUUCCUUCAGUGCCAUCCAAGGACCCUCACACUGGUGGCGAGAGAGAAGGAGUCAGACAAACAAACGAACGAACAGCCAGGCACCCACAUCUGCUCAUUGCCGUGACUGCAGGUCGACUGGCUCUUCGGCGACAGACCUCUGCUGCAGAUUGACGAGAGCCACCAGCCCCGAUGGCUGUGCACGCCGCUGACCGUCCGUGGUACCAUCAAAGUCACCUCAUCUAUCACCAAGCCGCUGGCACCCGGGGAGAGGGUGCAUGCGCCUGGUCAGCGGCCGGCGUCGCCCUACCCCUUGGUGCCCAUCUAUGGCGACAAUAUGGACGAAGAGUAUUUCAGGAUGCAGAGAAGAUGCUGACGGACUGUGUGUGUGUUGUGUGUUGUGCGUUGUGUGUGUUGUGUGUUGUGCGUUGUGCGUUGCGCGCAAGGGCUUGCGUACGCGACUAAGAAGCAAGGACAAUUCAGGCAGACGCAGUGUGUAUUUAUGCAUGCAUAAGGGUCUGCACGGACAUUCACGCACCCAGACACCUCCGCACAGUCUACGC